CAAAGUUCACUCCCCUCCGGCCCAACGAGCCCGCCAUAGUCGCCACCGCCUUCUUCUCGCCCGCCACCGUCCGGCGGCCUUCUUCUCGCGCCUCCCUCUCCGAGCCAGCGUCGAUGCGCUAUCUCGAACUGCCGGACGAGCUCCUGCCGCUGACGCUGCGAGGCCUCUCUCCCGACGAGCUGGCCGUCGCAGCGGCGGUCUGCACGGCACUGCGGCGAGUCUCGGAAGCGGACAGCCUCUGGGCCGACGUCGACCUGCAGCUGCGGCCGUCGCUCUCCGCGCUUCCGCCCGGGCUCAAGCGCCGGCUGGCCGCGACCACGAGCCUGCGCGUGAGCCUGCCGCACCGAGGGUGCAGGGUGCGGCACGCGUUUCUGGCGGCGCAGGGGGCGGACGCGUCGCUGCUCACCUGGUCGUGCGGCGGCCUCUCCGACAGCGGCCUGCUCAGCCUCCUGCAGGCGUGCGGCGGCCGGCUCGUCUCCCUCGACCUGGGCGGGCAGGCGCACCUGACCUCUGCGGCGCUGGUCGACGUGCUCGCGGUCACCUCGCCGACGCUGCAGACGCUGCGGCUGCGAGGCUGCACCGCGGUGGGCGGCUCCUCCUGGUCGUUCCACGUCAAGGCCUUUGGCGUCGACGGCCCGCCGCAGCUGCCGCAGCUGAGGCAUGUCGACUUCUCUCACACGGACGCAACGGACGCGCUCGUCGGCGCGCUGCUGCGGCGGGCGCCUCGUCUCGAGUGCGUGAGCCUCAACUUCCUGGACAAGCUCGGCGACGAGCCUCUGCGGCAGCUCCUUCCCGCCCCGCCGCCCUCGCUGCGCAGCCUCGGCCUGAUGGGGUGCCCGCGCGUCUCGGACUCGCUCCUCCGCUCCCUGCUCGCCGCGCUGCCUGCUUCCUCCCUCCUCUGCGACAUCUCCUUCGUCUGCGAUCUCGCCCCACCCGACGACGAGAACACGCCGCCCGGCGCUGCAGAGGGCCGCGCCGGCGCCGUGCCCGACCCCGCGAGGAGCGCUGCGGCGGCGGAGGCGCUCGACCGGCUGCUCUCGGCGUACCACCGCGAGCAGCUGCGCCAGUAGGGCCGCGCAAAGGGGUGGGGGGGGGGGGGGGGAUCGUCCCCCUUCUGGGAGGGGUUGGGGUGGGGGAGGGGCGAGUGCGCAGGCGAGUGCGCAGGCGAGUGCGCAGGCGAGUGCGCAGGCGGAGCCGCGGGCGGGCGCCUCUUGUGAGGAGCGCGCCGCCGCGGUGUACAGUCCGAGGAGAGGGGGGGGGCUGGGGGAGGCAUGCGGAGCAUCGGAGGACAAGGAGCUUGCCAGCGGUGAGCGAGCUCUGACGUGAGAGGCAUGCCAGCGCCGCGGGACCGGCGCUGGCAGCAUGUACCAUUCCGUGCGUGAGCCGUGACGUGCGGGGGC